CAUCUUGUUUUUUGCACUAUCCCCUUUGCUGCUGUACACUGAAAAUUUCUCCACUGCGAGACUAAUAAACGAAUAUCUUAUCUUAUCUUAUCUUAUCUUAAUUAAAUCCCAUAUUAGUUUCCUAAUUAGAGCCCACGCCAGCAACGUGUCACUGGUAGUCAAGGUGAUGCGUAAUGACGCAUUUAGGGUCUCCUAUAAAAGCGGAGGCCUCAGUUCUAAUCUCAUUCUGCACCUGAGCUCUGACAGUGAAGUGAAGUGAAAACUCAUCAACUGUGGAACAAAAGUGUCGAUUUGUUGAAAAGUGAAAACUUUGAAAGCAAGAAAACAUCUGUACUGAACCUUUGACAUCUAGAAGUGAGAGAGAGAGAGAGAAAACAAUGUUGUUCUUCCCGCGUGAGAUCUACCUGCUGUCUGCAAGCAUCAGGCGUCUGCUGGAUGACAGAUAUGCUUCUCUGAUUCGGCCCGGACAAGUCCUUCAUCUGGUAGUCACCAACUUGAGGAACCGUCCUCUGAGCAGGGCCAGCGUGGAGUCCAUGGGGGAGUCCCUCGUGUGCAUGUACCACAACCUCAUUACAGGCUUCAAUGACUUUCCUCUAGUCCCGCACAGGGGAAAGUUACGCAUACGUCGCGUGGCCACACCCUUCGCGAGGCGGAAGCAGAAGCAGAGGCAUAGAGAGAACACCAGACCGUCUCCUCCAGAGGAAGCACCGCCAGGUCUGAUUGUGCUCGCUCCCCAUGCCAGGCAUACUCUUCCAACUAUUCUGACUCCAGGCAUUCCUGAGAGAGCAGAUCUGGGAAUCCUGAUGGGGGACCACAGGAACCACGUCCGAUGCGUCGAGGUUGAUGGCAGGACUGUGACCAGAGUCGUCUCCCUUGUUUACCGCUCCGAUGGCACUCAGCUGAGAAACCGCUGGAGGGUGAGCGACUACGGAGCAGACGGACAAGUCCUCAUGUCAACCCUCUGCAAAUUCAACACAGAGACGCAGAGUCAGAGUCAGAGUCCGAGUCCGAGUCCGAGUCCGAUUCCGAGGCAGAAGAGAAAGGUCGCUGAGGAAGGGAGCAGUGGCCGUCCGUCUCUGCCAGAGAAACGCCUCAGAGUGUGAUGGGAUGACUUGAAAGACCCUGCAUGUGACUGACCAUGUUUGUGUCCUGAGCGUCUGGCAGUGACAGCAACACCCCUGGUAGCGUCUUGCACCGGGGUCUGUCCACCAGCGUGACAUAAGA